AUGUUAGGAAGGUCCGGUACUCACUUUCAGCUCCAGCAGGUUAGACACAUUUCCAAGAGGACAAUUGCGUAUCCUCCAUACCCAUUCAGCUUGUUGGCGAACAAGAAUAGAAAGAUCAGACAUGACUCUAAUUUGAAGUAUGCCAUGAGGCAAUUCUUGGGACCCAAGAAUUUCAAAGGUGAGUAUAUUUACAACAGAUACUUUUCUCCACCUCAGGAUCACAAGCCUAAGUAUGUCACACCAGAUUUGGAGCGUGGUCAGUCGCUAAGGGACCCUGUGACAGGCGAGGUUGUAAAGUAUACUAAUGAUAAGAAUGUGGUGCCCGUAUCGGGGAGAAGUCCAUUUGCGCCAAGAGGAGAUCGUAUGUUGAGGCCAUUUCCUCAAAAUGAACACUGUCGUACCAAUUUCAUUAUAGACGAGGACAUGAGACUGGAGAUAUACGAGAAGGUGCAGAUCGAGAAACUCUCUGCCCAAGAAGUCUCCAGAGCUUACGGAUUGAAGGUUCCAAGAAUCGAAGCCAUCGUCAAGUUGGUCGAGAUAGAAAAACAACAGGAAAAAUACAAUCGUAUAAAGCCUCAACAAAGAGUCAUGGCCGAUACAUUGUUCAAAAUGUUCCCUGUGUUUAAGCCAUCAAAUAACGAGAACUUGUCAGAAAUUCCAAUUCCAUCAAAAGCUCUAUCUUCUAGAUUUUUAACUAUCGCCGAAUCCCAACCUUUCGGUCCAGUUGACGCCGCUAAGGUCCUUGAAUUGGAACCUGCUGCUGUCACUCUUGAAAAGUUGUCUACUGAAGGUGAACAUGCUAUCGGUCACGACAAAUUUGUAUCGCAUAAGAACAAGAAGAAGGUAGUUUACGGAGAACUCUUGGAAGGCGAAAGAUCGAAGCUUAAGUUUGUACACAGCCAGGUAGGAAAAGUGGGUUUCCGUUAUGGUAGCGGUAACCGUGAUAACAGAAAGAACCGUGCAAUUGGUUUCAACGAGCUAGGUAAGAUGGUCUACCUAUGA